AUUACUUUAUUUAAUGCUCAUAAUUAGUGAUUACCAUCAUUUAUAUAAUUGUUUUUUAAACGCUCCCAUUUGUUUUCUCUUACGUUUCUGCAAUAUCAGUAUAGUUUUAUCUUAUAGAUGAGGCUUAGGGAGACGUAAACCUUUCUCAGGGUUAACACUGAAGGACUCAAUUAUUGAUUAGUUUUCUCCAAGGUCUGACACCCACAUAUUGGCAUCAUUUUCUGUUCUGAGAAAAACACCUUCAAAUAAUAUCCUAGACAAACAUUACUCUAACAAAAACAAUAAUACUGCUAUUUAUAUUGUGUUUCACUACUAACACUUGGAUUGACUUGAGUCCCAUGGCAAGUCUAAGUGUUGAUAUCUCAGGUUGCAGAUGUCAAAACUACGAUUCAAAAUGCAAGGAGUGAUUUGGAGUCAUACAAUUUUGUCCACACUUACUGAGCUACAUUUAUUCACUAGUUCACUUAAGAAACCAGCAUGCUGUUACAUUCUGGCCCUUCAGGGACAAAGCUGAAUGACACCCCGUCUUCUGUAAUUUGCAGCAUGGAACAGUCUAUGGAUCCACUUUGAACUCGUGGUGGAAGGAUGUCCCUUGGAAGGGGCAGAUGCUCUGAUCCCGGUAGGCCAUCCUUGCUCCCCAGGGGUCCCCUCUCCUGAUUCUUCACCUUCCUUCCCUUGAAUCUGGUGAAAGGCAGUAUUUGCCCUUCUCUGGAGACAUAUAACUUGAACACUUGGCCCUGAUGGGGAAGCAGCUCUGCAGGGACUUUUUCAGCCAUCUGUAAACAAUUUCAGUGGCAACCCGCGAACUGUAAUCCAUGAAUGGGACUACACUUUACAAGUCAUCAAGUCUAACUUCCAGACCAGGGAAUUGAUGGGGGAGACAGCGAACCCUAGAGCAAAGUGCCAAACUUCUGUCAAUAGCUUGAGGCUAGUGGAAAGACCUCGAGGAGGCGACUCCAGAAGUUCAGCGCGUAGGAAGCUCCGAUACCAAUAGCCCUUUGAUGAUGGUGGGGUUGGUGAAGGAAACAGUGCUCCGCAAGGUUAUCCCUGCCCCAGGCAGUCCAAUUUUCACUCCGCAGAUUCUCUCUGGCUCUAACUACCCCAGAUAACAAGGAGUGAAUGCAGAAUAGCACGGGCUUUAAGGCCAAUCAGACAUGAGUUAGAAAAAUUCCUACUACAUGGUUUAUGUAAACUUGAAGAUGAAUGAUUGCGAACUCCCCGAAAAGGGCUCAGACAAUGCCAUGCAUAAAGAGGGGCCCUGUAAUUUGAGGUUUCAGAACCCGAAGUGAAGGGGUCAGGCAGCCGGGUACGGCGGAAACUCACAGCUUUCGCCCAGCGAGAGGACAAAGGUCUGGGACACACUCCAACUGCGUCCGGAUCUUGGCUGAAUCGGACUCUCAGGGUGGAGGAGACACAAGCACAGCAGCUGCCCAGCGUGUGCCCAGCCCUCCCACCGCUGGUCCCGGCUGCCAGGAGGCUGGCCGCUGGCGGGAAGGGGCCGGGAAACCUCAGAGCCCCGCGGAGACAACAGCCGCCUUGUUCCUCAGCCCGGUGGCUUUUUUUUCCCCUGCUCUCCCAGGGGCCAGACACCACCGCCCCACCCCUCACGCCCCACCUCCCUGGGGGAUCCUUUCCGCCCCAGCCCUGAAAGCGUUAACCCUGGAGCUUUCUGCACACCCCCCGACCGCUCCCGCCCAAGCUUCCUAAAAAAGAAAGGUGCAAAGUUUGGUCCAGGAUAGAAAAAUGACUGAUCAAAGGCAGGCGAUACUUCCUGUUGCCGGGACGCUAUAUAUAACGUGAUGAGCGCACGGGCUGCGGAGACGCACCGGAGCGCUCGCCCAGCCGCCGCCUCCAAGCCCCUGAGGUUUCCGGGGACCACAAUGAACAAGUUGCUGUGCUGCGCGCUCGUGUUUCUGGACAUCUCCAUUAAGUGGACCACCCAGGAAACGUUUCCUCCAAAGUACCUUCAUUAUGAUGAAGAAACCUCUCAUCAGCUGUCGUGUGACAAAUGUCCUCCUGGUACCUACCUAAAACAACACUGUACAGCAAAGUGGAAGACCGUGUGCGCCCCUUGCCCUGACCACUACUACACAGACAGCUGGCACACCAGUGACGAGUGUCUAUACUGCAGCCCUGUGUGCAAGGAGCUGCAGUACGUCAAGCAGGAGUGCAAUCGCACCCACAACCGCGUGUGCGAAUGCAAGGAAGGGCGCUACCUUGAGAUAGAGUUCUGCUUGAAACAUAGGAGCUGCCCUCCUGGAUUUGGAGUGGUGCAAGCUGGAACCCCAGAGCGAAAUACAGUUUGCAAAAGAUGUCCAGAUGGGUUCUUCUCAAAUGAGACGUCAUCUAAAGCACCCUGUAGAAAACACACAAAUUGCAGUGUCUUUGGUCUCCUGCUAACUCAGAAAGGAAAUGCAACACACGACAAUAUAUGUUCCGGAAACAGUGAAUCAACUCAAAAAUGUGGAAUAGAUGUUACCCUGUGUGAGGAGGCAUUCUUCAGGUUUGCUGUUCCUACAAAGUUUACGCCUAACUGGCUUAGUGUCUUGGUAGACAAUUUGCCUGGCACCAAAGUAAACACAGAGAGUGUAGAGAGGAUAAAACGGCGGCACAGCUCACAAGAACAGACUUUCCAGCUGCUGAAGUUAUGGAAACAUCAAAACAAAGACCAAGAUAUAGUCAAGAAGAUCGUCCAAGAUAUUGACCUCUGUGAAAACAGCGUGCAGCGGCACAUUGGACAUGCUAACCUCACCUUCGAGCAGCUUCGUAGCUUGAUGGAAAGCUUACCGGGAAAGAAAGUGGGAGCAGAAGACAUUGAAAAAACAAUAAAGGCAUGCAAACCCAGUGACCAGAUCCUGAAGCUGCUCAGUUUGUGGCGAAUAAAAAAUGGCGACCAAGACACCUUGAAGGGCCUAAUGCACGCACUAAAGCACUCGAAGACGUACCACUUUCCCAAAACUGUCACUCAGAGUCUAAAGAAGACCAUCAGGUUCCUUCACAGCUUCACAAUGUACAAAUUGUAUCAGAAGCUAUUUUUAGAAAUGAUAGGUAACCAGGUCCAAUCAGUAAAAAUAAGCUGUUUAUAACUGGAAAUGGCCAUUGAGCUGUUUCCUCACAAUUGGCGAGAUCCCAUGGAUGAGCAAACUGUUUCUCAGGCACUUGAGGCUUUCAGUGAUAUCUUUCUCAUUACCAGUGACUAAUUUUGCCACAGGGUACUAAAAGAAACUAUGAUGUGGAGAAACAACUAACAUCUCCUCCAAUAAACCCCAAAUGGUUAAUCCAACUGUCAGAUCUGGAUCGUUAUCUACUGACUAUAUUUUCCCUUAUUACUGCUUGCAGUAAUUCAACUGGAAAUUAAAAAAAAAAAAACUAGACUCCAUUGUGCCUUACUAAAUAUGGGAAUGUCUAACUUAAAUAGCUUUGAGAUUUCAGCUAUGCUAGAGGCUUUUAUUAGAAAGCCAUAUUUUUUUCUGUAAAAGUUACUAAUAUAUCUGUAACACUAUUACAGUAUUGCUAUUUAUAUUCAUUCAGAUAUAAGAUUUGUACAUAUUAUCAUCCUAUAAAGAAACGGUAUGACUUAAUUUUAGAAAGAAAAUUAUAUUCUGUUUAUUAUGACAAAUGAAAGAGAAAAUAUAUAUUUUUAAUGGAAAGUUUGUAGCAUUUUUCUAAUAGGUACUGCCAUUUUUUCUGUGUAGAGUAUUUUUAUAAUUUUAUCUGUAUAAGCUGUAAUAUCAUUUUAUAGAAAAUGCAUUAUUUAGUCAAUUGUUUAAUGUUGGAAAACGUAUGAAAUAUAAAUUAUCUGAAUAUUAGAUGCUCUGAGAAAUUGAAUGUACCUUAUUUAAAAGAUUUUGUGGUUUUAUAACUAUAUAAAUGACAUUAUUAAAGUUUUCAAAUUAUUUUUUA